UUUAGAAAAUAGAAAUAACUGGGACUAAAUUAAAGGAACUUCCAGAAAAUGCAUUUGUCAAUCUUUCGAACUUGAAGAUCCUUGAUAUUCGAAAUAACAGUUUUCCAGAACUCAAUGUUGAAACUUUUAACAUUCCUUCUUUACAUCACAUUUAUCUUUCUGGUAAUCCUUUAAAAUGUACGAAGGAUACGAAGUGGAUAUUGGACAGAGAGAAGGGUUCUUUAGGACAUAAAAUCGCUGAUAAAGAAUAUUUGCGUUGCACGGUUCCGUACGAUGGCAGAGCAUUGAUUCCAGUUGUAGAAAUAAUCAAUACUUUGAAAGAGGAAUGUAGAAAGACUGUAUGUGAAUGUGAAUUGGUAUAUGUGGUUGGUAAUGGAGGAAAGCACAUUUACAAGCAAUUAAUGGCUUUUGCUUCAGUAAAUUGUAGCCAUCGUGGAUUAACCGAGAUGCCAAGCUUUUUGCCCGCAAAUACUACCACUCUUCAUUUAUCUGGAAACAAGAUAAAGGAUUUGAGGCCACUUACAACGAAUCCUGUGUACAAGGGAGUGAUAGACCUGUAUUUGGAUGGUAAUAAAAUUGAAUCGAUCGUUCAAUUGGAGGGAUCUAGUUGGAUGGAUCAUUUUCGAUUGUUCAGUCUUCGUGGAAACAAACUAAUGGAUCUGCCCACAUAUGCUCUAGAAAAUGUAUUACAACACAAUGGAAAUGCAGUAAGUUUGUAUCUUGGGAAAAAUCCAUGGACAUGCGACUGCCUCUUUACACCAGGUUUCCAGGAUCUUCUCAUUAGAUAUACAAAUCUAAUAAAAGAUAUUAACGAUGUCAGGUGUUCGCCCAACAAUGGGGAUGAUAAUUCCGAUAGAAUUAUAAGAGAUUUGAAACGCACUGAAAUUUGCGUUUCUUCCGAUGAAGAUUCUAUAAUCCAUCCCUUGGACAUCUUAAAUAUUAUCCUUGCAUUUCUGAUAUUUUUAAUCAUUGGAAAAUUACUUUACGACUAUUGGUUAUUCAAGAAAACCGGUCAAUUGCCUUGGAUCGUUACUAAGAUACCAUAAUAUUAUGAUACACGUUAAUUUAAAAAGAAAAAAAAAAAAAAGACUCACCUUCAGUCUUGCUUUCUGAUCUUCAUAGUAUUGAUGGUACAACUCAUCAGCGGCUGCUUUCUUGGCCACACAUUCUCUCAAGCCACGACCUAAAUUUAUUUUAGAAGAAGAAGGGUGAAUAAAACACAAGAAGGAAAUAAGAUG